GCAAAAAACUAAACAAAUAUUUUCUCCAAAUUUAGAUUAUUAUUCCUUCACGUCUAGACUUCUGAUCGUUUAUUUCAUAAGUUGAAAGCAAUUCUGAGUAAUUAAGCGUUGUUUUGUUUUAAUUUUUAGUCAAUUGAAUUGAAGAAAAAGCAAAAAAUAUGAAUACAAAACGAAGUGUCAUUUUAAUUUUUUUCUUGAUUCUACAACUUCUCGGGCUGACUCUCUUUCUAAAGGGAUUCUUUCCUCUCAAGAAAGGUAUACCUGGCUCUGCGUCUCUACUGGAUUUACCUCCUGAGCCAGGCAGCAAGGAACCAGCGCCUCCAUUGCCCGUUCUGUUUGACAGAUUAGUUUUUGUUUUAAUUGAUGCUCUAAGGGCAGAUUUUGUCUUUGAAGGCACAAGAAUGCAAUACACGAGAAAACUGAUCCUCGAUAAUAAUACGAUUAGUUUUGUUGCAAAGGCACAUCCACCAACAGUUACAAUGCCGAGAAUCAAAGCCCUUAUGACAGGAGGUAUUCCGGGAUUUGUGGAUGUCAUUCUCAAUGCCGUCUCUUCUGCCCUUUAUGAAGACAAUCUAUUGGCACAGGCUGUAUCGGCAGGCAAGAGGAUUGUGUUCUUUGGUGAUGACACCUGGAUGAAGCUGUUUCCUGGACAUUUUAUGAGAAGUGAUGGUACUACAUCUUUCUUUGUCACUGACUACACAGAGGUAGACAGCAAUGUGACAAGGCACCUUGAUAAAGAACUUCAAAGCAAUGACUGGGACAUCAUGGUCCUUCAUUACUUGGGUCUAGAUCACAUAGGUCACCUAGCAGGACCCACUAGUCCCUUGGUGGGCCCUAAGCUACAUGAGAUGGAUCAAAUUAUUCAGAAGAUACACAAGAGCCUGUUAAGAGACGACAAGGAAAGGGGGAUCCAUUCUGCCAUGGUGUUGUGUGGUGAUCAUGGGAUGAGUGAAGCAGGAAGUCAUGGUGGAGCUUCCUUACCUGAGACCUCUACUCCUCUGGUCUUCAUGAGCUCAAUGCUGCAGAACGGAAAAGGGCAGCAAUUUUCUAGCAUCAAUGUGGAUCAAAUAGACGUUGUGUCUACCUUGUCCAUUCUUCUUGGUCUUCCUAUCCCUCAAAAUAGUGUAGGGACGCCUAUAUCUCAACUCCUAGUAUUCCACAAUCCAAGAGAAAAGCUCCGAGCAUUUCAAAUCGCCUCACACCAGCUCUCCAAAGUUAUGAAAGCCAAUGGUCAUUCAACCAAUUCUAUAUGGGAACUUGAGGAAUCGAGACGUUUGCAUAAACAAUGGCUAGAAGCAAUAGAAAUAGGAAACGAAGAUAAACGAAGUAUGGCGGUUCAAGCAGAGCAGAUUUCUAAGCAGUAUAACGCAGCACUAAAGAGAAUGAGUAGCCAGAUCACAGCAUCACUUUCUUGCUAUGAUUUACACGCCAUGGCUUCUGGGAUUAUUAUUCUUAUUCAAGUUCUCGCAUGGCUCGUAUACGGAGAGUUCUCACAAAGGAGGAUUUUCAUCAAAACAACAAGUUCUUUGGAGGAUUUUGUGCCCUCAUCAGCGACCUUUCUAGUCAUGGGUGCCACCUUCAUGGCCCUACUUGGUGUUCACAUAACUUUAUGCUCUAGCGCCUUGGUUGCUGGAACAUGUAACAGCGAGAUUCUGUGCUCCUACAAGCCAUCGGCCAUUGUAUUCUCUAUCAUUCUCAUCACCUUCAGCAGUAUCUCCUUGACGACAUUAAUCACCAACAUCACCAUGGCAACAUCAUUGCUGAAUCUUGUCGUCAAUGACGUCAGAACCAUGUUCUCAUCUCCAACUAGAAGUUUACUUGUGAUUGGUUCGAUUUUACACGUGAUUAGUCUAUUGUCCAGUAGCUUUGUAGAAGAGGAACACCAAACUUGGUACUUCCUUGCAACUACUUACUUUGUUUUAAAGUUUUCAAAUGCUUUCAUAAAGUAUCUUUGUUACAAGAAAAAGGCUGGUCUAAGAACAGAUCAUCUUUAUAUGUCCAAAAAUCGUGAUGAAAUUUCCAAAGACCUGUUUGAAAAUACUUCAAAUAUUACUUUAGACAGCCACAAUAUCUCUGAAGGGCAUAAAGAAGCGCACGGUAAUCUUCAGUCCAAGGAAAAAUCAACAGAAAACCUUGGGCGCGAAGAAUCAAAGAAACUUCCAGAAGAAAGUGGUGUUGACAUAUUUAGCUCCUUUUUCCUUCCUGUUUUAUUUCUCGUCCUGAUUCGUGUUUGUCGUAAGAUGAAUCAAACUGGCAUGAAGUGGGCAGACCAACCUGAUAUUGGAGAUUGGCUUGUAGUGCCUGAUAACCGAUUGAUUCUCUCCUUAGUGACCGUUAUAUCAUUAAGCGUAAUAGUGUUUUACAGCUUCAAGAAUAGUUCAGUGUUAAACAGUGUUAUCCAAGUGUUUGGGUUCAUGUUUGUGUAUAAGUACCGUGCUGUUACGGGUAUUGUCACUUCACCAUGGAGCAAGGGCCAUCGAAUCACGUUAGGAGUAACAGAAGCAAGGAUGGCAUACCUCUCUUCAUUCGCCUUGCUCUUUAUCUCCUUUGUCAAGUUGAUGCAAGGAUAUCAAUACGCAAAGAUGUCUGCUUUGCAGAGAAAGUUUUCGGAAUACAAGUCAUUCCUUGAGCAAGCUGCUCAGGCAUUCUUCAUGGGUCUUCUGGUCGUGGAAGCGUUGCUCCUCAGAACUCACAACAUUGUUUUACUGGCUGUAUUUGUUUUACAGGAAUGGAGUUUGGAAAGACAUUUUUUCUCUGGGAUUUCAGCCCAUUCCUGGACAACCCAUCUCGUAUACUUCUGGCUUGGUCAAGUAGCGUACUUUGCACAGGGAAAUUCCAACAGCUUGUCUACUGUAGAUAUUGCAGCUGGGUACAUAGGUAUGCAGGGACAUGAUUCAACGGUAGCCCUUCUGCUGAUGAGUAUUGUGACGUACUGUGGCCCUGUGUUAUGGCUGACGGCCCUUGUCAAGCUUGUUAUCAAGAACUCCACGUCACGAAAGCAGUUGUGUGACAGUCUUCACAGGGUGUGUGUGACAUUAACCUUGCCUCACUGCCUGCUGCUGUGUGUCUACAGUAUACUGGUGUAUGGUCAGCGGUAUCACCUAUUUGUAUGGAGUGUCUUCUCUCCAAAGCUUCUGUACGACGCCAUGAGAACCAUUGUCAUGUCAUUCAGCAUGUCUUUUAUCCUAGCACUGAGUAUAUUUAUUGAUGGGAACCAUGUGUUUGAUUUAGAUAAGAAAGAAUAAGACUAUAAUUUAAGUUAU